AGAUUGUAUUUCUACAAUCAUAAAAAUUAAAAUUAAAACAGAACACAGACAAACCAAUAGGCGAAAAAGGACAGAACAGAAGUGAGAACAGAGAAAAAGAGAGAGAGAGAGAUGAUGGGCAACAACAGAGAAUUCAUUUGUUUGUCUUAUGAUCUGAUUGGAAAUGGGUAUUUUCAGAAACUCACAUUUGUAGUAUUAAUAUAUUUCAGCUGCUUUGCCAUAAACCAAGUGGGUGCUUCCAUCCAUGAAUAUCAAAACCAAAGCUUUUUUCGCCGUUCUAAUUCUUUCUUCUUCCAUGGUGGAAGUGAAGGCCUUUAUGCUUCAAAGCUUCACGUUGAUCCUGACAAAAAGCCUUCUCCUGAGGAAAAUCAUCUCAAUGGCAAGUCUUUUAUCAGGUUUGAGUCAAUCACCUUUCGAAGACCGAAAGAGUCUGCUGAAAAAAAGAAUGAGAUGCAGCAAAAAACUGGAUUGGUUGAGGCUAUAAUAGUUGAGGUAAAAGACAGGGAGAAAAUUGGAGGUUCGUAUUUGCAUUCUGCCGCAAUAUGUUGCACUCCGGAUCUUUCUAAGGAAGGAUCCUGCAAUGUAGGGGAGGUUAUCAUCCACCAAGAUCCAAAUUACCCUUAUAAUCCGCAACGAAUACAAACCUUCUUUGAAGGAAAAACGGAAGAGACUACUAUGGUGCUACAAACAGUUGAGAUCAAUCAUACUGGAAUGUACUAUUUGUAUUUCAUGUUUUGCGAUCCAGAACUCAUGGGCACGACGAUCAGUGGAAGAACUGUCUGGAGAAAUCCUGAAGGUUAUCUUCCAGGAAAGAUGGCACCACUAAUGACAUAUUUUGGGUUAAUGUCUCUGGCAUAUCUUGGUCUAGGUCUUGUCUGGUUUCUGUGGUCUGUCCAAUACUGGAAAGAUAUAAUACAACUGCAGUACCACAUUACAGCAGUGAUAGGUCUGGGAAUGUGUGAAAUGGCUCUAUGGUACUUUGAAUAUGCAAAUUUUAAUGCAACCGGAAACAGACCAAUGGGAAUCACACUUUGGGCAGUUACCUUCACUGCUGUUAAAAAGACAGUCUCCCGUCUACUCCUUUUAGUGGUAUCAAUGGGCUAUGGUGUUGUGCGGCCAACCCUUGGAGGUGUAAUCUUCAAAGUUCUCCUUCUUGGCCUGACAUACUUUGUCUUUUCAGAAGCACUCGGGCUGGUUGAAAAUCUGGGGAAUAUUGAUGACUUAACUGGAAAAGCGAGGCUGUUUCUGGUUCUACCUGUUUCUCUGUUGGAUGCUUGCUUCAUAAUCUGGAUCUUUUCGGCAUUGUCCCAAACUCUAGAGAAGCUUCAGAUUAGAAGGAGCAUGGCCAAGUUUGCACUCUACCGGAAGUUUACCAAUUCACUAGCAAUAUCAGUUCUGCUCUCCAUUGCUUGGGUUGGUUACGAGUUGUACUUUAAUGCAGCUGACCCAUUAAGUGAGUUGUGGCAAAGAGCUUGGAUAAUCCCGGCUUUCUGGAAUCUUCUUGCAUUUGUACUUUUGGUGGUGAUAUGCAGUCUUUGGGCUCCGUCAAAUAAUCCGACACGAUAUGCCUAUAGUGAGGAAACAGGGGAUGAGCUUGAAGAGGAGGGUAUCUCACUCACUAGCAGUAGUGUUCUAUUGGCCGGAGAAUCGGCAAACAAGCAGCUGGAAAGGAAGGAGAGGAGGGCAUCAAAUGCUGAUUUAUUCAGGCUCGGUGAAGAGGUCGAGGAGGAUAAAAGAGAAUAGUGACACAUUUUCUUCCUGUGUCCCAACGGAAUUUGUGUUGCCCCCUUUCUGCAUCUAAUAUGAUUCACCCUUUCCCUUAUGGUCCCUGUCAUUUUCUCAAUUUUUUUACACAAAGUCAACUAUUACUUGAGAUAGAAGGAAUUAUUGCAGAUGUUAGGAUUCUGAGUUUUAAGCAAACAUACGAUAUUUUAUGUUUGUUUGCAACAGGCGGAAAAGAGAUCAUUUAACGCAUAA